AUGUGCACCUGUCGAGUCUGCAAGCAUAAAGCCAACGACGAACCUGGUGCGAGGAGAUACCGACUCUCCGCUGCACGAGCAUGCUCCGCGUGCCUGGAGCUCAAGAUCCUUCAGAACCAGAUCAUCGAAACUAGGGCAUUUCUCUGCCAUCUCCAGAAACAUCUCCACGCCCUCAGAUCCAACUACAACCACGCACACGACCCUUUCACCCACGCACUGCCGCCCGAACUCAUGUCCCGCAUCUUCGAGUUCUGCGUCUCCAGCGCCCCAAAUGGGAUGCUCAAUCCACUCAUCUUAGGCGCCGUUUGCAAGAGAUGGCGUCAGAUCGCUUGGGCUGCCCCGAACCUCUGGACGACCGUCCGUGUCAACCUUGACAGGUUUCAAUCUCGAGUCGCACUGCACUGCGAGUUAUUAUCGCAAUGGCUGGCGAGAUCGGCGCAAUUACCUCUCUCGAUCUGGAUAUCCUGCAAUGAGUCCAACAUAAACCCCUCGAUGCAUCCUCUAACUUCCCAAAACGCGCUCGAAAUCCUCAAUCAGUACUCAGCACGUUGGCAAUGUCUCGACAUUUCGAUGCCGCUUUCGCUUUUACCCGUCCUUCGUGGAAGAGGGAAGUUCAUGCCCAUCUUGAAGAACCUCAUCAUCACACAACCUUCAGACAGUUACGAUGAUCCAUCAAGCCAGGGCGAGGAAGGCUUUCUGCUUUCCAAUGUAGAUUUACGUCCAGAGACCGUCUCAAUUACGCGACUGCCUUUCAACGCGGUCCACAUCGACUGGUCUAACGUAACAGAGGUAUAUUUCGACGGAAUGACGACCGUCGAUUGCCUUUGCCUCUUCCAACAGGCCAUUCAACUCGUGAAAUGCUCAAUCACCAUCGACGAGGACGAGAACGUCCUGCAUUUCGACACACCUUUCAUUCACCCUUCCCUCGCACACAUAACCAUAAUUAUGCGCGAUUGGAAUUCCCCUGACGCCUUGUUCGAUCGCAUAACCCUCCCAGCAUUAAAGGAAGCAAACUGCAUGGUUGCCCGCCCCGAUUACGACGGAUUCAUUUCUCUAGUUGAGCGAUCUGGAAGCGUUCUGACUUCCCUCUCCAUCGCGAACUGGGAGCCACCCAGUUGCGAGGGCCUUUCCGAAUUAUUGCGGACCACAUCCCGCCUCGAAUACCUCAUGCUCAGAAUACCGGAUUUGCCACCUGGUUUCUUCGAGUUGUUUGCUCCACCAGAAUCUUCAGACAGCGACGACGGCGCUCACCGGAUAUUCCUCCCUCUACUUAGAAGGUUCCACUAUAGAGGAAGUAACUCUUACAUAUCCUGGAAAUCCUUCAUCGAAGCAGCUGAGUCAAUGCUCAGGAUACGAAGGCAAAACGAUGCGGCUCUGCCCUCCUUUGAAUUCAUCUUCGACACCGAAGACGAAGAUUCCGACUCUGACUCGUCUGAUGCGGCUCAGGGGAGGGAUGAGGUCUACAUGGCCCUUUUGUGUGGUUUGAUUGACCGAGGGAUUGGACUCAAAAUAAGUGACGGAUCAAAGGAUUUACUUCAGCGUGAAAAGAGGCGUUUUGAGGCGGAGAGGUUUGGUGUUGACGAUUGGGAUGGCGAGUUAGGAUAA